AUUUUGUCAACGAACAUGGCGUCAUUUUCGAAAGCAAGAGAAUGAUACACUCUGAUUUAGUGAACAGGCCACUGCGCAAUCAAAUGUGCUCCUCACUACUCUGCAGCCGCUAGAGUGAAUCACAACCGUCCAUUCGCUUCCACCACUUAACAGCCUCUAACAACUUCUCACCUACCUUAACUGCCAAGUUACUAGUUCUACUUAGUUACGCAAUGGCCAAAUGGCCUAGAUAUAAAUAGCAAGGCUCCUCUGUAAUUGGGAUGGUUUUUGGAAUUGAAUAAAAUGCUCUUCUUCAUCUUGAUCUUCUCUCUCUCUCUACUCCUCUCUAGCACUUCUUUUCACCAUUGUUGAGGGUACCGGAGCCACAUUGGGAGCUCCCUAUUCUCACUAGUGGAAUCGUCGGUAUCAUUUGGUAUCAGAGCGCCAAUCCUCGGCAUGGUGGGUAGACAUGGAAACGAGGGCUCAAGAGCAAAAGAAGUUGGAGGAAAUGCUCCGGCAAUUGGUCAAGGAAUCGGCAACGCGACAAGAUCAAGCCAUCCAAGAAUUAAGGGAGCGGCAACACAUGGACAUGGAGGAGGUACGUCAAAUGUUUGUAAAUUUGCAUGCAUCAAUUUCUUCUGGUAGGGGUCACCACUCCCCUGCAAACCAGAGAUCAGAAGGUAACAACGCCCCUAGGUCUCAAAUUUUCCCACGAUUCACUAAGAUUGAGUUCCCUCGAUUCGAUGGGGAAGAUUUAAAAGGCUGGUUGUAUCGCUGUGAGCAGUUCUUCGAAAUUGAUGGAACUGCUGAAGAUGCCAAAGUCAAAUUAGCGACAAUUCAUUUAGAAGGAAGGGCUCUGCAAUGGCAUCAAAUUUUUAUGAAAUCGCGGCUAACGCGUGCAAUUCCUAGUUGGGAGGAGUACAUAUCAACUUUAAGUACUAGGUUCAGAUCAGAUUUGUUUGAUGAUCCCAUGGCUGAGCUUAAGGGGUUGAGACAGAUAGGAUCUGUAUUAGAAUAUCAGGAUAAAUUCGACUCACUUCUUAAUAGAGUGGAAUUAUCGGAAGAAUAUGCAGUGAGUUGUUUCAUCAGUGGGUUAAAAGAUGAAAUUCAAAUCCCAAUAAGAAUGUUCCAGCCCCGCACAUUGCAGCGAGCAUUGAGCUUGGCUAAGUUGCAAGAAGUGGCAAUAGAAGGGCACAGUAAGAAUCACAAAGGGGGAGCGAGGGUAACUACUGGAAAUCCACCCCUAUUACCUACCACUUGUCACGGGUCUAAUGACUUUUUGUCGAAAAGCCCGCGCGGCGCUCGUCUGUCACCUGCAUAAACGAGCCAGCCAAACCGUCCC